AUGUGCACAAAACUGCAAAUUAUUAGGACACCUGUGCUUGGCUACCUUUGGCCUAGGGUAUGCCACAACGAAGACCUUUACGCAGAGAUUAAUGUGGUAGUAGUUCACGAGCAUCUACCCAAACGAGCACCACCAAGCCCCGAUCCACGAACAGUAAUAAACGAAGAUGUGGUGGAAGAUGAUCGUUCACCUUAUCCUCCUUAUGCAAUGAAUAGAGUAGGAUAUCUAAUGCUAAUUAGAUAUCCUACUCUAUUCAUCAUCAUCUAA